AUGGGUGAGGUUAGUGCAACACUUGAGGUUACGAGGGCUGAGAAACAAGCAGUUACAUCUAAGGGAAUUUUGCAAAUUCAAGCAAUUUCUAGACACUGUGAUAGAUUGCCAGUUUCAGAGUUGAAUAUUCCUAAUGAUCCGAUUGAUUUUGAAAAGAUUUCCAAGUUGAAAUUGGGUGAGUUAACUGGUUUGGGACAAUAUCAAUGCAAUCAAAUGGGUAAUAACCUGUACAAUAGAUACAUCAGUGAACAAUCAUUGAAUAGAGUUAGAGGUAUUUCAACACAAUAUGUAUCAAGUGAUUAUUCAUUUAGAUCAACAGAUUUAGAUAGAACAUUGAUGAGCAUGUGGUCUGUUUCAAUGGGUUUAUUCAAGCAAGGAACUGGAAAUACACCAAUUGUUAAUUUUAUGAAUGUAAAUGAUUUGGAAGGUAAUUCAAUGUUUUCACUUCCAAAUGGUACUCAAGCAGUUCCUGUUCACACAGUUCCACAAGAGUCGGAUUCAGUCUUGAUUGGAUAUCAAUUUUGUAACAGCGUAAUGAAAAGAAUGCAUGCGGUGAAUACUCAAUCAGCUAUUGAAUAUUUCAAUAAGAAUCGUCAAUUAAUUAAUGAAUUGUUCAAGGUUACUGGAUGGGAUGCCUCUAAGGGUGAUUUAUCUUUGGCAACACUUGUUGAUGUUUUAACAGUUCAAAAAUCUCACAAUUUACUUUCUCUCCAAUGGGUUCAUGAACAUUGGGAUGAGAUUUGUGCAUUGAGAGAUGGAUAUUUGAAAUUAAUUUAUACCUAUCCAGUAUUUGGAAGAGAAGGAAGUAGUGAUCUUGUUACAUUGAUGAAUUACAAUGUUGCUCAGACCAAAGUCAAGUAUUAUCACUACUCGGCUCAUGACACUACUCUGCAAGCACUUGCUGCCAGUUUGAAAUUAACUGCUGAUUAUCCUUAUUUGGCCAAUCAACCAGGUUAUGGAUCAUUCAUGGUUAUGGAAUUACAUGAAAUGAGUGAUGGAUCUAAGGCUGUCAGAUUUGUUCAUGCCAAGCAAUUUAAUGAUACUUCAUUCACUCCUCUCACAAUGACCUCAUUGGGUUGCAAGAGUGAAUAUUGUCCAUUAGAACAAUUUUCUGAGCUAGUUAGUGAAUAUUCAAUGGUCCCUUCUGAUUCAACAUGGUGUAUGGAAUGUAAAAAUUCAAAUAGAGAUUUGUGUGCUAGCGAAUUUAUUCAAACCUACCAAGAAUCCAAUAAGGCAUUGAUGAUUACCACUCCAAUUCUUGCCUUUACUAAUCUUUGCACCAUUUUUAUCAUGAUUGCAGUAAUUGCUUGUUGCAUUAGAAAGAAUAGAAAACUAGCAAACCAACAACAAGAUGCCAUGUAUCAUGGAAUGAAAUAA